AUGGCUUACACUGCGUUCAAAACCAUGCAGCGCAUGACAAGGCUCUCAUCUCACUUUCUGGGACCUCGAGGGUAUCAGAACAAAUACGUCUCGCCAGCAAUGUACACGGUUUCGUUGAGAAGUACUUCAUCUGAUGCAUGGGACAAGUGGGUCUCCAAAUGCCGUCAAGUCAAGGUGUUGGACUCGGAGAUGAGCUACUAUGACUCAGCAUAUGACGGGGACAAAGCCAACACAGUACUGUUUCUGCAUGGAAAUCCAACAUCGUCUUUUUUGUGGCGAAAUAUUAUUCCACACGUUGAGAAGAAAGCCCGGUGUUUGGCGCCGGAUCUGAUUGGAAUGGGGAACUCAGCAAAGCUGGCAAAUCAUAAUUACCGCUUUGUUGACCAUUACCGAUAUUUGACGGCUUGGUGCGAGGCUGUUGGUCUCCCUGAUAAAGUGAUUGUUGUAUGCCAUGACUGGGGGUCGGGACUGGGGUUUCACUGGUGCAAUGAACAUCGCUCCAGAGUUAAAGCGAUCGUUCACAUGGAGAGUGUGGUAUCUGUGUUCAAAUGGGAUGCAUUUCCAGAAAACUACAAGGAUUUCUUCCGUGGCUUACGUUCGGAUGCUGACUUUUUAAAUGAAGUGACCCAGUGA